GGCGCGGGCGAGUUUGAACAUGUACAGCAGGUAGGUGUCUCGUUACAUUAUUUGAGAGAGAGAUCACACAGGUUUUGUCACGCAGGCGGCCACAACAGUUACGCGUAGCGUAGGACACUAAUCGCCACGAGAUCUUUUCCUCGCGGGGUUCCCGUGCCGCUGACCAGCUGUGCGCUUCGUGAUUGAUUGCAUCGCAUCGGCGCUGAACUUUGUCCCUUUAAAUAGACACGGGUCAUCUCAACCCUGUAGCCGCCUCUCCUCCUCCUUCUCCUUCUUCCCCCUCUCAAGGCUCCCCUCCUCCACAGCCUGCAGCCCAGCUCACGAGGACCAGGAGGAGAAGAAGUUGCAUAGCCGCCCAUCUGCAUCCACACUCCAACAGUUGAGUCCCUCUCUCCCUACCACCCCCCCCCCCCCCCCCCCCCCCCCCAGUUGCCUUAUCUCCUCACGUCCUAGCUACAACCAUACCUGCGUGCGCCGGCAGCGAGAAAGGACCAGCUACCGGCCGUGACGUUCUUCUCACCGUACGUCGCCGAGGGAUUAGAUAAACUAAGCAGGGCGCUGCACGAGGAUGGGGUGCGGGGCGUCGAGCCAGAAGGACGCCGGGGCGCCGCGGAGGCGGCCGGUGAGCGUCGGCGACGUGGUCGUCUUCCUCCCGGGCCUCCGCGUGCCGAGGGCCGUCGACUUGGCCCAGGCGCUCGGCGGCUGCCUGGCCAGGAGCGCCGUGGACCGGCUGUCGGCUCUGCGAUCGCGGGUCGUCGACAUGGCAAUGCGAGAGUCGGCGGCGGCGCUCAAGCCCAGGCGGAGGGCGGCGGCACGGCACGGGUCUAGUACAGCCAAUCUUCUACAGGCCCUCGAAGACUACUUGCCGGCUCUGCUAGGACUGGUAAAAGAAGGUAGCGUCUUGAGGAACAAAGUGCACUUCACCUGGAGUAACCAGGAGGAUAAUGCUGAGGAGACGGCCAUGCCAGACGCCUGGUACGAGGUGCUGUCCAUGCUGCAUCUGAUGGCCAUGGUCUGCCUGCUGCAGGCCAACGCCCUGCUUCUCCCGAGGUCAUACGGCGAUGGCUAUGCCCCAAGGGUUUCUGAAGAGAGUCGACGGGCUACUGUUGAUGUCUUCUUGAAGGCAGCUGGAUACCUAGACUGUGCAGUUCGGCAUGUACUCCCGAAGAUGCCACUGGAGCUAAGGAGACAACUUCCAGUAGACCUGGCUGAAGGAAAUCUCAAAGCUCUAAGCCUCCAAGCCCUGGGUCAGGGGGUUGACAUGCAGCUUGGUUUGGCUAUUGAUAGUCCAAAGGCCACUUUAGCAGUAAAACGGCGCUUAGCCUGUGAGAUGGUCAAAUAUUGGCAACAAGUUCAAGAGAGCAUUCCAGAGCUUCCUAUCUCUGAUGGAUGGGGUAAAAAGCACCGGCUCUUUAUAAAGUGGAAAUAUGUUGAAGCUAAGGCUGCAGCAUACUAUUUCCACGGUUUGAUUCUUGACGAGGGAAAUACCGAAAAAUCCCAUGGAAUGGCAAUAGCUGCACUCCAAGCUUCAGAGGAAUUUCUAAAAGAAAGCAAAAGGGUUUCAGAAGCCUUCCAUGCAACUCCUCCAACAUCGAGGAGUCCCAAUCCAUUCGGAACAGCAAAAUAUCUGUUUGACAAGAUCCCAAGAGAUGCUUCCAGCAAGGUUCGAAUCAACCAGGACCUGUAUACUCAAGAAAAGGUCAUUGGAGCGCCACCCCCAUUACCAGAUUUUGCAUUGGCGCUAACACCUGAAGAAUAUGAUCUUCCUCCACUAGAUCCACUUUGGAACAAAGAAGACACAAGCCAUUAAGUGUAUAUGCAGCAGAAUGGUUGCUUCUGGCAAAAAUAUUGGCUCUGGAGAGAAAGGAAGGACCAAGAUCUGCCAUGUCAAGAGCUGAUGUGUAAUGAAUGAAGUGUACAAAGUAUUUUCAAACAAAAAUACAUGUUCACAAAUUUACGCAAGGCCUGAAGACAAUCUGAAGAGCUUUGUACAGGCGAUUCUUCUUCUGACAAGGGAAAUGCUAUGUCAAAGGGUUCCUUGAUCAUUGUGCAUCUUGAUGCUUGCAUUUUGUCAAAAACAGAUUUUCAGCAAUUUAUGUAGAACUGUAAACUAGCCUCUGAUCGAAAGUGGCAGCCUUCAAAUUUUUUUUUGCCAUAAAACAUUUACAUCGGCACCUUAAAACAUGCCGUGGGACAAUCAGUUUCAUCUGAGCACUUAGGUGAACAGGAUUUUCAAAUAAUCAGUGGAUACUGUGGCAAAGUCAGCUUCCAGCCAUUCAGUGCAUGCA